CACUUGGUCAAUCAUCUUGGUCACUAUCCCCUUGGCGCUGGUCCGUCGAGAAUGGACAGUUUAAUCAGCGAACAUGAAGAUAAUCCAAGCGUGGAAGAAAAUGAGCUCUUGUCCAGUAUUUUGUCUGCUCCUAAUGUGCAGGUCGGUUCCAUAUCUGCUGCUGACAAUUCUUAUUUUUCUUCCUCUUCUUCACUCCAAGGUAUUCUUACUUGAUUUGUUUCGUUCCUUUCAGUUUUUUGCACUCAAUGACAGGGUAUUGAUAUCUUUGGUGGAACUUACACUAGAGGUGAGAUGCUUAAAUUGCCGUUUGGAUUGAAAUCCUGAACUCUUCUCGACUUCUUCGAGAGCAAGCGACUGGCAAAAAGGUAUAGGGGAGAGGAGGGUGGAGCAGAGCGUAGCAGAGAGGGGAUGUGUAAUCAGUUUUUGAGCCCUGUGCAAUGGGUGGGUUGGCGUCUCGAUCUCUAGCCGCCUUCGCAAAGUUCCAGCGGUUGUUACUCCUUCGUGACGAGAAAGAACGUCUUACAAUGAGGCUAAUCCAGGGCCGUCACUGAAGACCCGGAGCUGAGGAUUUCGCCCUGCUACUACGAGCAUGACCCCUAGCUGCUUUCAUAAUAAACAAAGGGAAAAUGAAAACAAAAGAACCUCCUAGCCGUUCAAUUCCCUACCUACUAACUGCUUGUACCCGGCAACUUGAAAUCUUACGGAGAGCCCGGCUAUCUUAGUGACAACAGAUGACUAAAGGUUGAUUGCAGGGUCUUUCUCUUUAUCCAGGACACACCUGAUUCUGUCGUGUACCAGGCCCCCGCAAGCACAGCGGCUACACAAGUUCGAAUGAUCACUCGGGACAUGACGGGUAAAAAUGUUUGGGACUUUACGCUAUUACACGGGUCUUCUGCUACGCAUAAUGGACAGUACCAAUACACUGGUAAGAUAAUGUGUGAUAGGUUGUUCAAGUUCUUGUUUUGUAGCUAAAAUUGGCCAUUAUUUGUUGUAAGGGCUAUGCUUAAUAUUCUUUAAGCUUCAACUUGGUAGUUAUCAAAUCAGGAAAGUGAAGAAAUUAUAUUGCUAGCUGUACCACUGAAAACAACAGUCAAAGUCUUGUGACUGCUAGGCCGACACCAUAAACCGUUCUUAAAUACUUUGUGCCCACUGUACAGCGGUCCAUGUGUAGACGUCUUCCUUCUUCCUUUGUUAAUCUUACUGACUUUGUUUCCGUAAUCAGGAGCAAUGUGCCAUUUUUGGAAAGGUCACCUGUAAAGUCGGCUUUCUCUCUGUCCUCUCAUUUCUUAUUUUCUUGACGAAGCUCUUUUGCAGUGGGUGGGUGAAGAGGGCCAAUUGCUUGAGGAAUUAUUUGCACUAAUUCACUUAUAAACUCACUUUUUGUAUAGACUCUUUUACACUCUUAUUUCAAGUUACCAUAACAUCUGACUCAACAGACAAGACAAUUUUGUUUGAAAUUUAGCGUAGUCCUGAAUUAAUGUUAACUAUCUAUCGAGCAGUCGGUGUCAGGAUGGUGAAACGAGGCCAUACGCAUGCAACGAGCCGACUGGCUUCUUGAAGGAGGCCACAUUAGCUCUUUACCACCCUUGUGUUAUUCAUGUUCAGUUUCUGAUAUUUGAUAAACCGCAUUUUGUGGUCUAUGUCGAUUUAUCUGUCAUCCCUCUUUUUCCCGAAAAGAAGCAACAAAUAACCAUUCAAUUGAAGAAUUGAUCGAUGAAGAAGAUACAAGCCGUAGUAAAUAUCAUCCACUCAUAAAAGCCAGGAAAUGUUCAACACCUGUUCCUGAUGAUAGACUCGAUGAGGUGAGCCUUUCAUGUCUUUGUUUCUGUGUUAUUGUGAGUAAGUAAGUGUUAAUUUAGCACCGUUCCAUGCGGCUCCUACUGGAGACGGAACCACCAUUUGUAUGUUGUCAAUCGAACCACGCAGAAGUAAAGCUGUUUUCUGGGCAAAGGUAGCUCCUUCUUCCUCGGUUGUUUUUAGACUCCGAGUAUUGGCGACCCCGGGAAUUGCGCCCGCCACCUCCUGUUCUGCGGUACAGCGCUCUAUCAAACGACUAAGCUAACCGUUUUCCUUUUUCUUCCGUUCUUCCUUCUUUAAUGCUACGCUUAGUCCCCUGCUUCCUUAAUAGUUAUUUUCCCUUAUCUCCUUGCCUGCUCACUCCUCCUCUUUAUCUUCCUUGUCUUUCCUUUUUCUUAUUUUUUAUGUUUUAAACUUAAACCACUCUUUUUUGAGGAUCCUCAAUGGCGAACGUUCCCGGGGAUUGUUGACUAAUGACCAGGCCCACCUUCAAUAUCAUUUAAAACUGAACCAUAGUCAUACUAGGGGUUUACUUAAGAAUCCAGGAGAAUCUCACCGUACGAAAUAUUGUAAAACAGCGCCUUGAAACAAUGGUGAACUUGGAGAAAUGUAAGAAAUAAGAAACAGCAUUUGCUGGAAAUAAUUUAAAUAUGGGUCACAUUAGAAAACACACCAUUUGUUCCUUUUGUAUUUGAAGCUCCUGUGGGCAGGGCAGAAAAACCGCUGAUUGGUUGCCGUUUUCGCGGCAGUUUGUGCUCUCCGCUGACCAUCUUACAACGAAUCAAGUAGUCUACAAAAAAGAGCAAAGUUUGAAGCCAAAUACAUAGUUAACCAUGACUAGUUCGGUGAUUAUGAUCUGAUAUUCCCAAACUAGAACUCAUUGACAGGCGAUGUCAAGAGUUGUAGCGAAAUCAGAUUAGGAAUACACUUUAGGGUGCUUGCUGAAAAUGCGCGGGACAGUGUGUAGUUCAUAGAGACAUUAUACGACCAAUAGCUCUUAAACAAUUUGCAAAAAUAAGAAACAGGUGGAGUAUUUAAGGUUCACAAUUCGACCAACCAAAAGGCUAAAAGCCAAGAAGCAAAAUAAGAAAUACGUAAAAAAAUCGAACAGUACGUUUUUCUGUGGCUUGCUGUUUUUUGUUUUUGCAUCCCCCUCGCGGUGACAACACUCGAACGUAAUCGCCGGUGAGAAGCUUCGACAAAUGUACAGCCAAUCUUACCUCUAAAAGGAUCGAUCCUCUUGCACUUAGAAGGUAGAUAGCAGCGCAAAAAUAUAUUUCCUUGGACAAGUAAAAAAAGGAAAAGAUUUGUAAACAUCAAACUCUUCGCCAACGGCUUGUGUCCACUUACUGACUGGUAGGCGCCAGCUUCCCGGCCUCAUGCUUUGCGCGGGAAAUUAUGAAUGAAACAAGCUUCAAAAAUGUCCAAAAAUAGUUACCGACCGCUUCACUGUCAAGUUCCGGUCUUUUUGCGUGCGUUUCCGGCGGAAAGAACGUCCAAAGUUGAUUAAAUAAUGGAAAAUGUUUGUGAACGUGGCUCCAGAUUAAGAAGCGUGUCAGAAAAGUGUUGGGGUGCCACUAAUUACUAUUCGGGAAAAGAGGCUGUUUUACGUGGCUACUCUAGGCCGGUUUGGCUAUGUUUUGGUCAUGCAAAAAAAUUGCAAGUGGAAAGUCAAAGGAGGUGCUGUUUUCCGAGUGAAAAUGCCUGCACGCAAAGGAACAAUUUACUGCCAUGUCCGCAGAGGAUUCUCACCGUGGCAACAAACCUUGAAAACUACCAAGGAGGCGCAUUUCUUUGCCCAGGCCACCUAAAUCUCGUGGACGAAGCUCCCAUAUUUACCAACCACGCCCUCUACAAACCCCCUACUACGAGAAAGGUAUGUUUCUUUUACACUCAAACAACAGUCAAAAUGUACUGAAACAGAUCAUACAUUCUUAGUUUUGUUUUAGAAAAUAUUCAUAUUUUGCAUUAAAUUUUGCCCUAUACAUUUGUAGACAAAAUGUACUACUUCAGUCCUAUGUACUACCCCAGAAAAGAAAACAACUUGGAGGGAUGGAACCUCUCAGACCGCCCCUUUGCAGAGUGUUAAUGAGCUAGCAGAGGCAAAACAAUUAAUCACCAAAUUACAGCGCGAAAAGGCAGCAGUAAAAGAAAGAUGCAACAAGCUAGAAGGUAUUGUAUUGACGUACUCUUAAUUUCCACACAUUCAAAACAAAGAUGACUAGUUUCAACCUUUAAUAGAAAUAUUUUUUUAUUAAUUUUCAGAGCCAACAUUUGAUGAGCAGUUCAAAACGUUCCACAAGUGUCUCACUAAACAUUACAAGGAUGGAGGGCAGCGGCUAUACGACCCUGCAGACAUGGAAAAAUUUGCCAACAAGUGCACCCCUGGAUUGUUCGACCGUGCCUUGUGUCUAGUCAAGAAUGAUGAAAAACAACAGCUUUCUAAGAAAAGACAUGAAAUACUGAGACUGCGAGUUGUGGCACUGCUUCAUCAGCUGUCUUACUUUAGAAACCAAGUGUGUAUAAUAAUAAUAAAAAAUAAAAUAUAUAAUAAUACUAAUAAUGAUAAUGGUAAUGAUAAUGAUAAUAAUAAUAAUAGUAAUAAUAAUAAUAAUAAUAAUAAUAAUAAUAGCAGGAACCAUACUUUAGGAAGACACUUAAAUUAAAUUAAACACCAUGGUGUGUAAUAGACAUAAGUGUUGCUUGUUUGUUUUCAACAGAAAAACAAUCCCUUACAACAAGACUGUGGGUUACACUUGUCCUUUCAUGGUGCCAGUGAUGACGCUUUGACAGCUGGCUCACUUCUGGGGUUUAGCACUCACCCGAGAAGUGUGCUAAAUCAUAAAAAAGGAUUGUCUGGAAAAAGCAUUCACAAGACACAAGCCAUCGUUGAGAGUGCCAUAAAGGUACAUGUAUUUACAUACUGAAACAAUUCAUUAUUAAACAUCUGCCACUGCACAACACCCUGGCCAAAACAAUAAGUUGACACAAGGUGAGGUGGCUGGAUGUGAAGAAGCAGGGGGGGCUAAAUAGAAGGCACAAGGACCUUGUGACAAGGAGACAAAAACAACAAAAAUAGAGUGAUUUUAUUUGAACCGUGAAACAGAUAGUAACAAACAGUGCAAAAUAGCAAGAGGUAAACAACAGAAGACAAUGGAAUUAAUACAUAAUAGUGCGUAGUAUUCUAAAAAGCUGUUUCACGGUUUAAGUAAAAUGACUCUAAUUUAUCAGUCCAUAGAUGUACACUGAUCCAGUUAAAAAUUUCCUCCCCAACAGAGUUUCUUCUUGACUUGUUCAUCUCUGUGAGGCAAAACCUUGGAAACUCUGCAAAAAUACCCAGAGGACAAAGGAAAUAUCAGGUAGAAUCCAAUAUCGCUGUAACAACCCAUUCCAUAACAAAACAAAGCAUUUCCUAUACAAGAUAUACCUGAAACAAACCUUUAUCUUUUUCCAAUGUAGCCUUAUUAUCUACCCUCUCUUGAUGCAACCGUGGACCAAAGAAGCUUCCCCUUAGGGUAUGCCUGGAAGGGUCAAGAACCAGACCCACUGUUGGCUUGUGAUGCAGCAGAUUGCAGAGCAGAUGACAAUCUCCUACUUGCAGUUCAGCGCUUCAACUGUGGCCACACAUUUCACAAAAGUUGUCUUGGUAGUUACUCAAACUGUAACGAUCAUAACUACUCAAUACUGUGUGGUGUCAAGUGCUCCAUUUGCUCUGAGCAACUUCCUUUAAGAAUCCAAGAACUUGCAGACAGUUUCAACAAAGGUUUACUGGCAGGAAAUGAUGAAACUGACGGAAGCAAUGAUAAUCAUGAUGACGACGACGAUGAUGAUGGAAGUGGCAACUCAGAUGAUGAUGACAGUGAUGAUGAUGAUAGCAAACCUGAUACACUAGCAAAUAAGAUACUCAUUAAAGCAAAACAAUCCCUUUUGCAUCUUCCACAAAGUGCUUUAUUUAAGUACAGCAACAAAAAUUCCAAGAAUGUAAACUCCACCGACUCUACUGGAGAAGCAGUAAUUGUUAAUACUAGUAUGGUGUGUGUCACAUGUGGCAGGGUCUGUAAGAGCAAAGGGGGCUUGACUCAGCAUCAGAACACCCACAAAGGGGUAAAUAGUUAAGUGUUUCCCUGAAAUGAGAAUAACAAAACAAUAAUCAUUUCCUUUUUUAGAAGCAAAUCCAAACAAAUAAUACAAGCCCUUUGUUUCAUGUAAAAUACCUUGAAUAGGAAUAGGCAUGAUAACACAGGAGAGAAACCUUGAACAAUGCCUUUGUUGUUGCCUUUGUCUUGCUAUAGGUAUCUCAAAAUAAUGCAACUAGCUAGAUAACAAAUAAGUGAUCUUGUGCUUGUGCUUGCAUUUGGAAUUUGGUCCAUACAAUAUUAUAUGAGAUCUUUGCAUUAUAGAAGAUUAACUCAGCCCAAGUACUAUGCCAGUGAGAAAAAUAUAGUGAUAGUCCUGUCGAGAAUACUAAUAAGGGACAAUGUGAUGUACAGGAGUAAGAUAGUGUCUUCAAAAUAUUCGAUGUUAUUUUGAACAUGUAAAUAUAAUAAGAUUUUCACUUCAAAAUACCACAUUGUAUAUGAGCAAGGAUUGUGUAUAACUCUGCUAAUUCUGGAUACAUGUAAGCUUAAAAAUUCAUCCUUAAAAUUUCACCUUUCUUAAAACAACCUAAUUUUGUACAGUAAAAUCAUUCCAAAUCUAAAUCAGUCCAAAAACAAAGUUAUUAACUGUAUAAAUCAGUUGGUAUAAAUUGAUCUAAAGAAAUUACAAAUUGGACAACGCGUACAAAAAAAUAAUUUCGCUUCUAGCGGAACAAUGUAAACAAUUCACACCAAGGAAUUCAUUGAACAGUGUGGAUAUAUAUAACCUAGAAUCAAAAGCCCAUUAAACUUGUAACUCAGGGUGCUAUGAAGUGCUAUUUUGUUUGAAAGUUUGGUUACUUUUAGCAAUGGCUUCGCCAACUGUUAGGUGCCGCAUUAUACGCCUGCACGCAGCGCACGCUGCACCGCCGCAAUCUCGUGGAGGAUAAAUAGCAUUCAAUGCAAAUUUCGGUUAACUCAUUAACUCUGAAAACGUUCACUAUGUCAAAGACGAAAAAUGUCUUACCUUUAAACUCAGUUGUGUAACUAUCGGAUCACCGAGACUUGUUGCAGGAAAACCAAACAAUCGCGUAGAAGAAAGUUGAUCGAAAAAAGCACAUGGUUUGCUUGGCACGACUCCGUCCGUUUAACGUAAUACAAUCACAAAGAUUACCUCCAAGGCGAAGCAAAACAAAAUGAUACCAUUAUAUACAAGACCUUUCAGUGAUGUAUUUCAACACAGUGCUCUUCAAAUUUCCGCCAAAUGUCUCACAUUCAUGAUCGCUCGAUUGUAGCUCCUUCGGAUCGCUCAUUCUUUUGAACCAACAGCAUCUGCAUGUGGUCAGCGGAAGGCGCAAGCGCAUGCUCUCGGUGGAAUUUUUUUUAACCAAUCAGCGGUUUUUCUGCCCUGCCGCUCCUGUGUAGUAUUGGAUCCUCUAGCCACGAGUGUCUAUUGCACCCAGACCUCUCUCUAAAUGAACCCGGCCCCAACCCCGAGGGUGUGUUGGGAGACAUGGAAUUUGACGUCAUUGACGCUGUCCUAGAACAAAACUUCAGCGAAAAAAGACGUAUGGAGAACGAUGUUAAUGAACCGAGGUUCGUACUUUUCACCUAAAGCUUAGUCGUUAUUUAGUUGAUAUCUUAGGACUGCUACUCUGCUACACAGCCGUUCUUUGUUUCGUCACGCAACGCUCCUCUCCCUCCUCUUCCUCCUGUGAGAAGGAGCGCACCGUGAGGAGACAAGGAACGGCUUUGUAACAGACUGUAGGACUGCUGAACCGGGAACAAUUAGCCCGCAGACAAGCUCUCCAUUUGGGUUAUUGUGAAAAGUCACGCGGGGGCGGCGUCACGCGAAAGGAGACUCGAGGGAGGGGUGAGAAAAAGAAGGGGGCUGUCCAUUCCCUCACCCUUCGCGGUUUUGCUGCUCGCUUGCGCGAACUUUCGCAGCGCGCUUCGCUUGCCUUUCGAAAUGGAGAGCUUGCUCGCAGGCUACGGAUUAAUUAGAGCAAUUUAUAAUUUGCGAGAAUAAUUUUAAUUUCUGUUUGUUUUGUAGUUUAUCGUCGCUUGCAGCUUCUCCUCCCCCAUAUGAAGUUCCUAUGUCACCAUUCCAGUUGUGCCGGUUUGUAGUUAGUCAGACUGGUUUGAUAGCUUCAGAAAAAAGGUGAGAAAAUUAAGAGCCUGGGUCAAUAUUACAGACAUGACAAUACCUUUUGCGUUUCUUUGUUCUUAAGGAGGUGCAGUGAUUUGAAGUGAAAGAUAGUGUAACAAUUUCAUUUCACAUUUGUGUUAAAUUGCAGAGCAAAAAUCGAUCUUCUGAGAAGGAAUGACCGCUUUUUGCGUGAGUUAAAGAACCUAGAUAAUCGACGCAUGUAAGUAAACGGAGAGCAUUUAAUUGAGCUACUUUAAGUGUGCUCAACAUAUCAGAGCUUAUGGCAAAUGGUAUGCACUUGGAUAGUAUACUCUCUUGUUGGAGUUUUAUAAAAUCUUGUUGUUGUUGUGGUCGUUUUUUGAUGAAGUUGGGGGUGGUUUUUUUGUUAGCCUGUUCGUGCCAACCUCUCAGAUUGCUGGGACGUCGCGAAAACAAACUUUAAGCGAAAAUAGGACGCGCGUGAUGUGGGGAAGAGGACGGUGGCGGGAAAGAAGAAACCAACACCUCUCCCCAACCCCCCUCCCGCGUUUUUCGCAUUAGUUUCUCACGAUCUCUGCAAAUUACUAUCUUGGAGCCUGCAGCUGGCUAUUUGUAACGCUUUUAUUGUUAUUUGUUUCAGUCGUGAGACGCACAAAGUAGCCCUACUUUACGUGGCCCAGGGUCAGGAAGACAAAACUUCUAUUAUGUCCAACUCUGUCGGUAGCGAAGAAUAUGAACGCUUCGUAGCAGGCCUAGCGUGGGAGGUACUGACAGUGUAACGUAGAUAAACCCUCAAGUUAAAACACGCAUGGGGAGUGGACAGCACGGUGGUCCGGUGGUCCAGUGGUCCUGAGAUUCUGAAUGCAAAUCAUUUUCUUUCUUUUAAGAAGCCAAAAAAUAAAUAUAACUUUCGAGUGUACUUUUAAGAAACGUUAGUGGCAGGCGCUCAAACGCGCAGGGAAAAGAAGAGUUGUACUCGCGAGAAGCGCGUAGAGAACGUAAGCACAAUAGAAGAGUCUCUGAAGUGAAGACACCACUCCCUUCUCUCGCGCGUCUUUCGCCCUUCCGCGCGCGGCUCAGCUUCCAUUUCUGUUUUCCCGCGCCAAGCAAAGGCUUUGCCUCAGAAACAAGCUAAGCACUUUUACCUAUUCUAUCAGCAGUUUUCUUUGGGUCAUUCUCAAUAAAAUUAUUUACAAUCUGUGUUUUUUAUCAGGUGGAUCUUUCCACGCACACAGGAUUUCUUGGUGGAUUGGAGAGAAAUCUCUCGACUGGUACCACUGCCCCAUAUUACUGUAAUUCAACUACUGAAGUGAUGUUUCACGCGUCUACUAGGAUGCCGUUAGCUACCGACAGCACCGGCUUCAACAAAAAGGUGAAACGUCCGUCCAUUUAAACUAUAGUAGUAUAUUGCCUUACUAAUGUGACCGCACCCCAUUCGAACUCAUUAAAAUAACCCUUUGGGGGGUUUAUUAUUGUACCUCCCUUCUGUUAAAUUAAGCGCGGACUUUCAGUCAUUGCGGAAAGUCGUUCGUUAUUUAGAAAAAGUUCUCUUUGCUGCUGCAUUUUUUGACAGCAUUUUGUCGCUGAAGAGCGCUUAUCUGUUAUCGCACGUUUUCUGUAAUAAGUUGCGUCUUUGCGGCACUCAUUUCACGUCCCAUGCGUCCGGUUUUUCUAUCCGUUUAUUGCAUGUUUCCGUGCACCAAACGCACGUUCCUUAAGUUCUGCUCGUUCCUUGUACCACUUGAACCCUUUCUUGCGGGUCGUAUGUCUCCUACACUAUUCCCUACACCAAGCGUACACUUCCUGUACCAAUAUCAUGUUUAUCCGCUCCUGUCGCUGUGCGCGUCGAAAUUGAUCAGUAUAUGCCUCAAUCGAGCUUACGAUAUUGUUGUUUCGUCAGGUCCGUCACCUUGGCAACGAUGAAGUUCACAUCGUGUGGUCAGAGCAUUACAGAGAUUACAGGCACGGCAUCGUAAACACUGAGUUUGCGGAUGUGAUGAUUGUGAUUUACCCACUGGAGAACCGCCUGUUUAGAAUUCAAAUCAUCAAGAAACCCCAGGUUGAAAAGCUAUGCACGAUAAAUGGUUCGCCACUUUCGAAACGAGAAAAGAACUGGAGCCGAAAUACGCCCGCAGUUGUUCCUGGGAUCGUUACUGGGGGCGCGUCUAGUAACAAUCCCAGAAGUCUUUGCGAAAUUUCACUUGGCCAGGAGCCCAUCAUCGGCUCCUGACUUGGUCCUGUUUUCUUCGUUUUUAAAGUGGCGAGUUGCGAUAACUUCGUAGAAAAAUUUAAAAGAGAAAAGGAGAAUUGAAAAAAGCUAAAUAGAAAUAAGUUAGGCUAGUACGACAUUAAGGGAUCUAGUCUGACGAAUUAAGCAGAAAACAUCUUAACAGUGGCAAAUUUAUCUUCUUUCUCAACUUAACUGAUGUCAAAAUAAUAGCUAAUUAAUUCUUAUUUCACUUUUGUGCGACAGCGUUGAGCUACGUAUAAACGGACGCAAAAGCUCCCAACAUUUUUGGGCUCAACAUUGUCCCAACAAUGUUGCAAAUUGUUGCGUCCGUUUGCACGUAGCUAAAAAUUAGAUGGGUUUCAAACUUUAGGUAGCAACUACCAAUAACACGGCCACAUUUUAAAAUCCCAAACAGUAGAAUCUCUUAUAAUUUCACCCCGUUAAUACGGCGAAAUUUUUUUUAUCCUUUGGUGACCAUGUUAACGGGGUUCCACUGCAGUUAGCCUGUUUGUACCGUUGUGCUCCGAGAUUCUUUCAAAUAUUCUUUCUCAUUGGUCCCCGAUUAUUCGUAUCUACAGUUAAUUGCGAUUGAUGCAUUACUUUUUCUUUUUUCCCGCUUCUUCCUAGGUCCCAACAUUCGGACCCCUGUUUGAUGGCGCCUUAGUGGACAGACAAGUUUUACCAUCUCUCGUCAGGGCUACGGCCAUCAAUGCAAGCAAAGCAAGCCGGGAGCUUCUUCCGGUCUAUGAGCGAUAGUAUCCUUUCUAUAAGUAAACAGAGAGAGUGGGCGUCUUGCAGGUUAUCUUUUUUUGUUGGGGGGAGGGGGCGGGAAGGGAAACGACGCGCCUGGCGAACGGGUAAGAACGCGUGCAGAGAACCGCCGGGUUGUAACAUCUUGCGUUAGUAAGACAAAAUGAAUCCGGAACCAAACGCGAGAGCUGAUGCGCAGACAAAAGAAAAGAAAGAUAGGCUCAAGCCAAACGUUAAACUUUUCAUAAGACGAACCAAACUUUGUGAGUUACGUUCAUGAAAAGUUCGACGUUUGGCUCAGUUAAGUUCGUCUGAAUGAGUUUUGAUCGUCCAACACUUUCUGUCCGUCUGAUUCGGGUGAUUUAGUAACAACGGGAACGUCAGUUGACGACGGCGCGCGCAAAUUAAACAACUGGCUUGACCAAUGGCAGAGCGGCAAAUUGGGCACCGGAAGUCGUGUUUAGUCCUUUCCGUGCGCUUUCCCGUCGUCAACUGACGUUCCCUUCCUGAUGCUAAAUCAGACUGAUAGAACGUCUGAGAAUCGUCUCCGAGACAAACGUCGAAAACGUCUCCGAGACAAACGUUGAAUUCCUUAUGAGUGGUAAGAAAAGGAUCAAGGUCGCUGAUAAAACAUUCAGCUACUGAAGUAAUUGUAUUAGUCGCAUAAAACAACCAUAAUUGGAGCUAGCGCAGCUAUCAUACGACCUUUUUGAUCGCUGAUAUAAUUGCAUUUUGGCAUCAAAUAUUAUCUAGGGUGACUUAUUCGUCAUCUAGUCACUUUGAAUGUUUUAAGUUUUCUCUUUACUAACCCAAUAGCUACGAAGAACGCGAAAAAUGUAUUGAACGUAUCGUCAAGAACCACAAGGAACCCACAACAUUCGAGGACUACUCCUCGCUCGUGUUUUGCCCUGUGCCAAGGUCCCCUGGAAGUGAACCUCCCACUCCGCUGUUGUCAGCGGCUGAACGCUAUCCUAUGUUGCGCACGCAGACGGCACCCAGUAGCAGUUUCUCUGACAACGAAAAAUCGUCCGUUCGAUUUCGAUCAAAAAGUUCGGUGACCUCUCCGAGGAUAUUGAGUAGCAAACUUGGUGAGUACUAAAUUCAUGCACUGUUGACGCCAUCUGGCUCUUCCUUUGUGUGGUUGUAGAUGUUUCGGCGUAAUACCAGACUUGAGAAGGACAGCUGCUUGCUCACUACAAGUAAUGUUACACGGGACGAUUCGCAAUGACGAUUUUUAGCGCAGCAGAGAUUUACAACGUCGUAGCGACAUUGUUUCGAAUAGUGGCAACAUAGUUCCAACUUUGCAAAGGCAUGUUGCGAUAAAAGUUCGUGGUUGCGAACCGUCCUGUUUAACAUCACCUUACAUCACGCGGCAGCAAAAUCCUGCUUUCAGUUCGCUUCCAUCCCAGCGGCUACUCCGGGAAUUUUGACCCUUAGUAAUGACGGAGAGGGAAGCGAGGAGGGGAGAGGUUGAUUACUUUGGGGCGCAAUUUGUGUGAUUUUGAUUUUGGAGCGAAGUGUGCCGUUCUCAGAAGAACCCUGCUAAGAAGAACCCGUCACUUUAAACCUCCCUCUUGCUGGAAGAAUUUUUAGUUUCCCUUGCCAGUUUGUGCCAUCGGGCUUCUACCGUAUUUGCAAGAGACUGUAAUUCUAUUUUGACAAAAGUUCCAUUUCUCUCCAGCAUUCAAAGAAGAAGACAUGGCGUUAACGUCUUCACUCCCGGAUGGAUUAGACAAUGUAGCGGAGGGAGCGCAGUCUGUUACGGAUGGCAGUAAUCCUCGUACAGAUAAAAAGAGACUUUCCAUUCGCUUGCGGAACAAACUGGCAAGUCUAAACGCCGCGCCUAGUGCCGACAGCGACUAA